AUGCCACAACCAACGUGGCUGCCACCCUUGAACGCCCACAACAGCUACAGGAUCUAUGUCAACGCAAAUCAGUACGUUCCUCCGCCCUCCUCCUUGCCGCCGCCACCACGCCCUGCCGCCACAGGGCAUGAGUUUUUCAUCAAAGUAAACACCAGCGUCCAUUUUUUCCCUCCUGCAGACUCCAGAGUCGAACGAACAAUCAAGGGCCUCUCCACCUGGACAUCCUUCCAUCUUCCAUUAGCCAACGUGGUAUUCGAUAUGAUUGAUCUGAUAUGCAGCGCCCCGUUUCCACUAGACAGGAUCCAUUGGAUGUCACACAGGAUCGACUGGGAACAGCACAGGUGCCUCAUAGAGGACAAGAAUGACUUGAAGGAGACAUUUUCGAACUUUCUUAGGGGCUUGCUAACCGCACCGUGCAAUGCAGACCAGAGAGUGCUGGCCGUGACUCUGGUGAUUGACAAGGUGGUGCGUCUAACGGCCGACGAAUUCGCGUUGUGGGAUAGUUGGUACGACGAGCAAGCGAGGUUGAGUGAGAGCUUUGAGCGAGAGUACGAAGAGGCGGUUAGCAGGCCGAGGGGGGAGGAGAGAGGGGUAUUGCCGGAGGUGAUUUACAAAGGUGAAGAUGGAAAAGAGAAGUGUUCGAUCUGUUUGGAGGAGUUUGCGGUGGGUUCAAGAAUGGCUCGAUUGACUUGCUCUCAUCUCUACCACGGAGAUUGUGUUCUGAAGUGGCUGAAGAGGAGCAAUGCCUGCCCAUUGUGUAGGGCACAUGUUCCCUCUCUCUCCCCACCUAGGGUUUGA